AUGAAGAAGAAGAAGACAAAGAAAGCAGGCGCGUCAUCAAAGAAGGAGAAGGCCGAAGCGACGGCAGCGGAACCCAGCACCCCCAAGGAAAAGGAAUCCGAAUCUGGGCCAGCAACUCCGGCCGAGCCCGAGCCCGAGGCAGCCAACGAAGAGAUGAAGGAGGACGAGAAAAAUGCGACGGAGGCAGUUGCAGAGCAGCCAUCUCGGGCCGAACAGUCCAAACUUCGAUCUGCCUCCUUCAGGCAAGGGUCCGUAUCCGCGGGCAGUGGCCCCCUUUCACCCGGAGCCCAAGGCCCGGAGGGAGAGACUGCCACCGACAUCUACCGCAAGCAUGUUGCUCGCAUAGAAGAGCUCGAGAAGGAGAACAAGCGUCUCGCCAAGGAAUCCACAGACUCGGAGAAGAGAUGGAAGAAGGCCGAAGAGGAGCUUGCCGAUUUGCGCGAGGCAGAGGGCGAAGGCAAGGGCGGCUCAGAUGGCCAAGUUGAGAAGCUGAAAUCUGAAAUCGAGGUUCUCCAGCGCCAGAACUCUCAGCUCCAGCAACAAGCCUCCCGCUCAGGCGCCCGCCAUGGCUCUUCGCCAUCGGUCUCGAUGUCGUCACCCCCAGCCGAGCUGGAAGCCCAACUGGCUUCGAAAACGGCGACGAUUGAGUUGAUGGAAACCGAGAUCUCAAAACUUCGCGCCCAGGUCGAGCGCCAAGCCAGCGGCACAUCCUCCGAGCGCGAACAGAUUGCAGCUCUGGAAGAGAAGCUUGCACGGUCUGAGAAGGCCGCCACCAAGGCACAGCAAGAACUCACCGACCUGCGGAAGAACCUCGACCGAACGGUGGAAAAGGCUGUCCGUGAGGGCAGCGAGCGCACAAGUGCAGAGACCAAGCUUCGCAGUCUGGAACACGAACUCGCAGCAUCCAUCGAUGCCAGGCUAGAAGCGGAGAAGAAGGCGGAUGGCCUGGAGAAGAAGGUCGCGACGUUGACGACGCUACACAAAGAGCAAGACUCGCGGACGCAGACACUACGCAAGGAGAAGGAACGCGCUGAGAAGGAAGUCAGUGAGCUCAAGGCGCGGGUUGAGAGCCUGGAGAGCGAGAACACGAGACUGCGGAGCCGCAAGUCCACUGAAGGGGGUGGCGGCCUGGACGACGACGGUGUUGAUGAGCUCGAGAACGAGGAGCGCCUACGCCUCGAGAAGAAGGUCCGCGAACUAGAGGCUGAAGUCUACGAGCUGCGCCAUGGACACUGGCAGGAGAAGCGCCGCGAGCUCAACAGCCCCAGCUUUGAGAACGUUGACCUCGGCGGCAGCCGCGGAAACUCGCCGUCCGCGCAGAGGAAACAAGCCGGAGGCAUCGGCGACCUCUUCCAAAGCGGCAUCAACGCCCUCACCGGCACCGCCGACGACGAUUUGCUCGAGGACGACGACAUGGACUUUGACGAGGACGCGUUCCGCCGCGCGCAGGAGGAGGACGCCAAGAAGCGUCUCGAGCGCAUCAAGGAAAUCAAGCGCACGCUCAAGAACUGGGAAGGAUGGAGGCUGGACCUCGUCGAGAACCGGCGGGGCGGCUCCGAAGGCAUCGGCGAGGUGUUUGAGGUCUAG